AUGGAUAAAGAUGAUUUAUUUAAUAUCUAAGAAUCUCUUUAAUCUCCUGAGGAAGAAUUGAAAAAAUAAAAUGAUAAAAAGAAAAUGAAAGUUUAAAUAUAUGUAUGUGAAGGAGCUUAUGAAUAAUUAAAAGGCUAUUCCUAAUUUAUGCAAUUAAACAUUCAAAAUAGCUUUAUCAUUCCUACAACUUUAAAAUAAGCAAAUAUAAACAGGUUAAAUGAAUUAAAUUAAUAAUCUAUUGAUAAUGGACAUAAACUUUAGAGCUAAAACUUAAACAAAGAAAAAAUUGAUAGCUUAAUUAAUACAUUUUUAGAAUCACAAAAAUAAGAAUAACUCUAAAUUAAAACUGAACCAUAACCAUAACUAUAACCUUAACCUCAAAAUGAAAUUAAAAAUCAAUAAAAAAAAUAGAUGAUCUUCAGAUCAAUGUAAAAUUAUCAACCAAAUAGAAACUCAUCAUCAAAAUUGUAAUAACAUUUUUUAAAAACUGAAUUUUGCUAUGAUAGAGUAGUUUUAAAUAGAAUUACUUAAUAUUUCAAAUUCUGA